AUGACAACAGCGAUGGCCCUUUCAACACCAGCCACAGCUGCCACCAGUACCACAACAACUACAAGGAACACAGCCAAAGCCAAAAAGACAUAUAAAAGCUGGCUUAAGGAUGGUGUCAAUGGAGGUCCUUCCUCUAUGGAUGUGCUUGUAGGUUGGCUUGCUAAUACGAGCAAUUAUGCAAAAUGGCGAGGAGGAAGUUCAUCGAUAGCUUCCCUUGACGACGAGAACACCAGCAACAACAGUAGCAGUAGCAGCAAUACAGAACAACGUACGCCCAAAAAGAUUCUUCUCGAAGAAAUUAUUGAGAACAUGCGACAAGUCGGGAUCUACCAUCGACAUCCUAAAGAUGUAGCAAGCAAGAUAUCCACACUACAAAGUAAUUACCGCAGCGCCCGUGAAUGGAAUGAGACUGAAGGAAGAAGAUUACGACAGGCAGGUUUCCACCCACAGACCAUUCAUGAGGAGCUUCUCAAACGAUUCCCCUACUGGGAUACCCUCAACGACAGCUUUUCAAAUAUCCGCACCCCACCAGCAUGGCCCAUGUCAAUCAGCAGCAUUAUGGAUCGCAAUAAUGAUGACAAUGAUGAUAAUAGCAAGGAGCAUCAAGAAUACCAUUAUCAUAGCCCACCAGACGACCAUCCAUUAUCACCACCUCGAAGACGACGGCGUGUAAGCGAUAACAACGUAUCAAAGCAGCAGCAAUCAAUGAUUGUUGAACCUGAAUUGACACAGCCGUUGGUGGAUAUCAAUGAUGAAAAGGAGCCUGACAAAGCAGAGACAUCACAAGAGCCCACGGCUGAUUUCUUACGUGAAAGGCGAACAGAGCGUGAGCAACUUUUGUUUGAGAAGGAAAAGACGCGAAGGAUCCGUGCUCAAGCGGACCUUGUCAAGAACCUCGUUGAUGCUGGCUUUUCAAAGCAGGAGAUUGCUGAACAACUCAAGCACAUUUAA